AUUAAAAUUCUAGUUUUCCAGGUUCCAAAUGAUCCAGAAUGAAAUCUUCGCCAUCUAGUGGCGAUAAUCCAAAAUGGGUGUCUAUCUUUGUGGAGCUAUUGAUGUUAUUUAGCAUCGAGUUGCUACUGCUGCUUUUGGUCUCUCAGUUGAUUUGAUCCAUUGGAUUUUCUUCUGUUGAAUGAUUUCAGUUGACCUGAUUGUUGUUUGUUAUUUAGCAGCAAACUAAAUGCGCCAUAUCUUUUCUGGGGGAUAUCGCCAAAGAAAAUAGCAAAAAAAAAAAGUUUCAACCAUUUAUUUUGCUCAUGUUUUUUUUGAUGUUGAUGAUUGUUUAUUGUUUUAUGUUUCAUCAUAUUUCGUUCAUCAAGUCCAAUCGACUAAAAUAACUGUACUUAACCGAUUCGUUUCUUUCUUGAAAAUCUUGAACUAAUUUUGAUAUUUAAAACAGAUUAAAAAACUGAAACUAAACUAAAUUAUUUUUGAAUAUUUCAUCAAAAAAUACAAAAUAACAGCAUUUAUAUUAUCAUCAUUAAUAUAAUCAGCAAAAUAAAUAUUUUAAUCAUCAACAAAAGCAGAUAGAAGAACGUUUCGGUUCAUGUACCUGGUGGUCGUGGUGAUCGCAGCAUUUUUUUGUGUAAAUAGGUGAAUUUUUUUUAGUGGCUAUGAAUCAAAAAAACGAAAUGUCAAUUGUGAUGGCAAAUUAUUAACUGAAACUUGGAUUUAUUAGGAUUUUUGUCAAAAAUCCUGCAAAAAAUAUUACUAUAAUAGAAAAAAUUUAUUUUUCAAGACAAUCCCAGAAAACCACGCGAUAAAAAUGUCUUCGAUACGAAAAUGGUUAGCAUCGAAAGUAUUUUCAUCGGUUCUAUCCAAUGAUGGCCAUCAUCAUUUGAACGAUUCAAAUGGAUCGAAUAAUAACAGUGAUGAUGGAGGAUUCUCAUCCUUAUUCGGAUCACCAUUCUCCAGUCCUUCAACAUCAACUGGUGUAGGUGCUAUAAGUAGAUAUGGAGAUGCACAUGCAAUCCCCGGAUCAUCACAUGAUCAUAAUUCAACGAUAUUAUCAACAUUAGAUUUAUCAUCAUCAAAUGCUGAAAAUCAAUCGUAUUUCUCCAUUAUAUAUCAUCAUUAUAGAUCACGAAUCCGUAAACAUCAGAUUCAAACAGCAACGAUUCAGCCGAAUGAUAAACUCCUAAUAUCAUUAAUGUAUCAAUUCUUUCAAGCAAAUGAAGAAUUGAAUUAUACUUCAUCAGAAUUGGAUACAUUUGAUGGCCGCAAAGAUACUGAUCGUUGUUCUGCCUUAGUGAAUAGCCUCAAGAAAACUCAAGAUCGUGUUAUAAGUUUAAUAUUUAGUAUAAUGGACGAAAUCGGUUGUGAACGUGCUUCAAGAGAGUAUCGGCUAAAAUUUCCCGAUGAAUUACUCACUGGCGAAGGUAUCGAAUCACUCAACAGUCAAAUUUGGUUUGGAGCUGAAUGCCUGACAGCAGGAUCUACUAUAACGAAUAAUCAAGAUAAGUCGAAUUAUCUGAGACCUAUAGCAAUCAAUUUAACGACAACAUUGGACCAGAUUCGUUAUGAAUUACGAUCAUGUUGUAAUUAUCUACCCAAAACGCCUCGAAUUUCAAAAGAUUUAAUUCGAAAAUUAGAAAACUUUGAUAAUCUUUUUUCAUCAUUCGAAUACGAUUAUGUAAAGGCAAUGUUACAAAUCAAAAACUGUGAAGAUAUUGAAAACCUACAAGAAUUGACCAUAUUGUUUAGUGAAACAUUAUCAUACACACUCCAUAAAGGUUUAAUUUCCAAAGAUGAUGUUGAUGGCUGUCAACCAUCAGUUAUGAUUGCCUUACCACGUCUGUCGAUUGUUCGUGGCUUAUUACAAGGUUUUGGUUCAGUUGUUUGUAAACACGACCCAGCAGAACUGACAACUAUUUUACGACCUUAUCAUAGUUUAUUGCUAGAAUUGCAUGAAUUCCUAAUGAAUCUAAGUGAUGAUGAAGUUUUUUUUCUUGAAAAAUUACUAUCGACUAAUCAUGAUAAUCUAAUUGACUAUUCGGUUGAUAAUCAAACUGUGAAUAUUUCAUCGUUGAUGAUGAUAGAUACACUGAAUUUUCGUCAAAUGAAUCAAGAUUCUCAUCAACAUCAUCAAGAUAGCCAAUUGGCUAUAUUUAAUAAAUUUUUUCGUCAUGCGAAACGAAUGAAAGAUUCUUGUCCACGUAAUCCUGAACUAACUACAAAUCAUCGUCAUCAUCAUAGCCAUAACUAUGAUGAUGAAGAUGAUAAUAAUCAAUUACAAUCAAUUAAAAAACAUAGAUCUACGACCACGUCAACAAUUUUGAGAAAAUCUUUAUUAACCAAUCGUUAUAUAUCGGCAUCAGUGGAUUUUUUAUUGACCAAUAAUGUCCGCAAUGAUUCUGCCCCCAACAAUAACAACGAUGAAUCGGGCAACAAUAACAAUAUACAACGUUAUAGUCCAUAUAAAUCAAACAAAGUGCUUUUCCGUUUUAAUUCAUUGCCUAAUAUCAAUUUUGAUUUGACCAAUGACAACAAUGAUAUCGAUGAUGGCGAUUAUUAUAAUUGUAAUCCUAUCCAUAAGCGUUCAUCAAUUAUUUCGCAUGAUUAUUCAUCAUCAUCAGCUACAACAGCAUCAACUUCAUCAUCAUGUCCAUCGGUAUCGAUUACCUGUUCAUCAUCAUCAUCCAUGUCGGUUGAAUUAGAUUUCCUGAAACAAAUCAAAGAUAUGCUCAAACGAACACAAUUGAAAACUUUGACAAAAAAUCGUAACUGUUGUCAACAAAAACAACAGCCGCAGCAUCGAUCAAUAUCAAGUGGUGGAGUGGCCACCAAUUUUAAUAUCCAGCCUAUAAAUGAAAUUCUUGCUAAUCCACGGGCAAAAACAGCGGCAGAUCGUCGUCGUUGCCAUCAUAACCAUCAUCAUCACAAUGAUAAUCAUUCGAAUAGCCAUUGUGUUGAUCAACAGUCCACACAAAAGACUAGUACGGCUGCCAUGUUUACACCAACAACAUCUGCAUUUUCUAACAAUUCCGUUCAUUUUGAUUUAGAUUCAUUUUAUACCGACGAUCUUUCUCAGUUGACAUUAUAUACCAGGAAAAUUUUGCAUCAAGUUUUUGUCAUGAUUUCAAGAAUCGCCGAUGAAUUUCAGACCAAUUAUGCCAGUGAAUUACGUAACAUAUUACGUACGGUUUUUAUGCUUCAGGAUAUCCAAGAGGAAGAAGAGGAAAAACGAAAACGUCAAAUGCAAAAUGAUCAAUCAAUGAUGAUGAUGAUACAACCAAUCGAAGUUCAAAUUGGUCAAUUAUAUAUCGAUAAUAGUGAUAAUAAUAAUUAUAUUGACCAUAAUACUAAUGGUUACAAUUCGGUGGAUAAUCGUGAAAUCGAAGAAGCAAUAGAUGCUUGUCAUGAAUAUCUCGUAAUGAAUCAAACGAAUAUGAAUGAUCAAACGAAUAUGAAUGAUGAAACAAUGAAUGAAACAAUUCCAUCUACCAGUAAUCAUUCUAGUCACAAUAAUUAUCAACCACGCUGUCCGCCUUCACCAAAAACAGUGGUUGCUGUUGAUAGGACCAUUUCGGAAUCAAUAACUGAAGAUGAUGAUAAUGAUGACACAAACUGUGAUAGAAUGACGAAAAAUAUUCGUAAUAAUCAUGGUAAUAAUGUCCGUAAUCCUUGUAAUUAUUCGGACCGUGCUAGUUCUUCAUUGGAAGAUAUACGGCCUAAAUUCCAAAAUCAUCAAGGAUCAACAUCCAGUUUAUCCUCGAAUCGACAUAACAUUCAAACUGAAAAGACUGUUCGGACAAAUGGCGUCGCUGACCAUAGCCAUCAUCAGAAUAGUCAAACAAACAUUUCUCUAGAUUCAUCGCAUUCCACCUCGUCAUCGAUAUCAUCAUCCAAUCAAUCGUGUCACAGUUUGCAGCCAUCUCAGUUCACAUCUUCGAGUGCAACAACUAUCGAUGAAACUCGAGUUAAUAAUGGUGAACUUCCACCAUUUCUUCAAUUCACAGACACUGGAUCUUCACAUGGAAUGAUUCCUAUUCUUGGUUCAGCAAUAAGUAUGGUAGAACAAUCAUCAUCCAUGAUUAACGCAACUCCGACCCGAUUGUUGAUACCACCAGUAUGGAAGCCCGAUGCUUCUGUAACAAGUUGUGAAUAUUGUUCACAACCAUUUACAUUCAUGCGACGACGUCAUCAUUGUCGCCGUUGUGGUCGUAUUUUUUGUCAUCAAUGUUCAUCGAAUUUUGUUGCAUUGAAAUGUUUCGGAUAUGCUAAACCGGUGCGUGUUUGUGAUCAAUGUUUCGUCCAACAUGAACAACAACAAUCAAAUCAUGAUCAACAGCAGUCACAACGUCGUCGUCGUCAUAAUCGCCAUACACAUCGACAUCGUCAUAAUGCUACUUUUGGUGCCUCGUCAUAAUUUUUUUUUUUUGAACCGAAUUUCAAUAAUUUGUUUUUCUAUCUCUUUUCUUACUUCAAAAGUGAUCUUAUUUUUUGAUUCUGGUCACCUAAUCGCUUUUUCCUGUUUUUUCUUUGUACAAAUAAAUAAUUAUUCUGUAAAAAAAUACUAAACUGGCAAGGCACAUGGAACCCUCAAAAUGAAACGAAAAAAACUAAUUGUAUUUGAUUUUUUUCUACUAUAAAAAUAAAAAAUUAUACUGCUGUA